AUGCAGGAAUACCACCUUGACGCCUCCAUUCUUACCCAGGUUGCUACUAAAACGGUUAUUAUCACUGGCGCAGCCAAUGGCAUCGGCGCCGCAACAGCGACAUUGUUCAACGCGCAUGGCGCCAACGUAGUCAUCUCCGACUUGGAAUCAUGCCGUGAGAGGGCCGAGUGUCUCAUUCAGUCCUUCGCUCAUCCCGACCGCGCGGUCUUCCUUGCAGCGGAUAUUCUCAACUGGACUGACAUGACCACGCUAUUCAACCAGGCUGCGCAGAAAUUUGGAUUGGUCGAUAUCGUAAUCGCUAAUGCAGGAACUAUGGAAUCCAGCCCCGUGCUAGACCUGAAUGAUGUUGACGACGAGGGAAACCUGACAGAAUCAGUGGAGGGAUUCAGAGUGAUCGACAUCAAUUUGAAAGGGACAUUGAAUAGUAUGAAUCUCCAUCCCUUCAGGCUCUCCUCAUCACAUCCAUAG